AUGCAAAUCAAAGAUGAAGGAGCAUUGACUUUUCCUAGAAAUUUGAAGGGAGACCCCAACAAAAGACCGAAAGACAAGUAUUGUCGCUUUCACCUGGACCACGGUCACGACACAACUAACUGCUAUGACCUGAAGCAGCAGAUUGAGGCCCUAAUCAGGCAGGGGAAACUACAGAGGUUCGUCAACAGGGAAAGAACUGAUACGCCGGAAGAACAGGCUCCACGAAGGGAGAACGACCGCCCGAGACCACCCGUAGGAGACAUACGAAUGACAGUAGGGGGCACAACUGCAGCAGGAUCGUCCAAGAAAGCCCGCAAGACCUACCUCAGGAUGGUCCAUAGCGUCCAACUCACAGGAUCAGUACUAAAGAUGCCGUGGAUAGAUAAUCCCGUCAUAAACUUUUCAGAGGAUGACGCUCGAAGACUUCACCAUCCUCAUGACGACGCGCUAGUAGUCAGCCUGCAGGUUGGGGAUUAUAAUAUGUACCGGGUCCUUGUCGACAACGGCAGCUCAGCGGACAUCCUAUACUAUCCAGCAUUCCAGCAGAUGAAGAUUGACAAGGAACGAUUGUCCCCUACGAACGCCCCACUCAUAGGAUUUGGGGGUACGACGGUCUUCCCUCUGGACGUAAUAACGCUAGCUGUGACGGCAGGUGACUAUCCUCAGCAGAUCACUAAGGAGAUAACGUUCCUCGUAGUCGACUGCUCGUUCGCUUACAACGCCAUCCUCGGGCGACCCAUUCUCAAUUCCUGGAAGGCGGUAACCUCUACAUACCACCUAAUCAAAUUCCCGACAGAAUAUGGGGUAGGAGAACUGCGGGGGAAUCAAGUAGCAGCACGAGAAUGCUAUAUCGCCAUGUUAGAGAUGGAGGAUCAGCAGCAGACAAUGUGCAUCGGGAAACAGUGA